AUGGUCAGGCCCCUUCUCUGGGCCACUCUUGGCCUGCUGCUGGUCUUGGGGUCAUCUGCGCAGAAUGGUGAUGAGGACAAGAGCGGAGACCGGAUCAUCGACGGGGAGCCCUGCCAGAAGGGCUCCAACCCCUGGCAGGUGGCACUGCUCAAGGGCAAUGACCUGCACUGUGGGGGCGCCCUGUUGAACAACCGCUGGGUGAUCACGGCUGCGCACUGCAAAAUGAGCGAGUACAACGUGCACAUGGGCAGCGACAGCCUGGGCCGCGGCGGGCAGAAGAUCAAGGCGUCCAAGUCCAUCCGGCAUCCCCAGUACUCCACGCAGACGCACGUCAACGACAUCAUGCUGGUGCGGCUGGACAGGCCGGCCCGCAUGUCACGCGAUGUGAAGGCCAUCAAGUUGCCCUCGCGCUGUGCGCCCGCCGGCACCACCUGCACCGUGUCUGGCUGGGGCACCACCACCAGCCCCGACGUGACCUUCCCCACCCAGCUCAUGUGCACCAACGUCAAGCUCAUCUCGAACCAGGACUGCAAGAAGGUCUACAAGGACCUGCUGGGCAGCUCCAUGCUGUGCGCCGGCAUCGAGAACUCCAGGACCAACGCCUGCAAUGGUGACUCGGGGGGACCCCUGAUGUGCAACGGUAGCCUGCAAGGUCUUGUAUCCUGGGGAACGUUUCCUUGUGGCCAACCCAACGACCCAGGAGUCUACACCCAAGUCUGCAAGUAUGUGGACUGGAUCCAGCAGACCAUGAGGAAGAAUCGCUAG